CUCUCUCUACAUCAUUUCUUGCAUAGACACACACACACCACACAUCAACAACACACACUACGGCAACCUCGAGUCCACGUAUCGAGCCGUUCCUGCACUACUCCCAUUCGUGCAUCACCCAGGCCGUUGAGACCUGCUCCAUCACCUUGCAGUGACACACACACACACAUCGUCGCACGCAACGCCGACCACGACGCCCGUCUUCCCUUCAGACAGAGCUGGCAAUUGAUCACUGCCUAGACUCACCGACGCCUUCCUCGUUGACUCUCGCCACCUUGACCUCGGCGAGCUAGUCCCAGCACCAGAGCAGCCCUCGGACAGCGGCCGCUUCGCCCAUUUCAACCCGCGACCCCUUUCAUGCAACGCGUCUACGUCGACAUGGCUAGCCGCGAACUCCACCCAGACGAGCUCGAGCAGGACGAGGACGAGCUCGAGUUUGACUCUUCCUCGCAGGGAUCAUCAGAUGAGACAUCGACAUUGACGUGGAUCCCCACCAACCCGUCCGCGACCCGCCCGAGACACAAGCUGACAUCAUCCAAGACUUGGUUCACGUCUCUGCCAGGACACGACUACUUCUGCGAGGUGCACGAGGACUUCAUCGAGGAUGACUUCAACCUGACGGGUCUGCAAUCCCUCGUGCCGUUCUGGAAGGAGGCGCUGGAGAUGGUUUUGGACGUCGAGCCCGAGGAGGACUCGUCCAAGAUCCCAGACGUCUCGAUCGUCGAGUCAUCAGCCGAGCUCCUGUACGGCCUCGUUCACCAGAGGUUCAUCCUCACCAAACCCGGACUGGCUAUGAUGGUCGAGAAGUACGAGGCGGGCCACUUUGGAGCGUGCCCCCGCGUGUACUGCCAUUCAACCCACGUUCUUCCAUGCGGCCGGUCCGACAUGCCGGGUAUUGACACCGUCAAGCUCUACUGCCCCAACUGUGGAGACAUCUACUCGCCUCCCAGCAGCAAGUACUUCCAGGUCGACGGUGCCUUCUUUGGCACGUCUUUUGGACCGCUCUUCUUCCAGACGUACCCUGAGCUUCUCUCCACUCCCUUCGCCCCUAGCGCUGCGACGAUCGCCAGCUCAUCAGCUACACCAUCGCAGGACCGUGGUGGCGUCUCCCCAUCCCCGUCUGGCUUCAGUGCCGACCCACUCGCCAACCCCAACCCCUAUGGCGGCCAGCGACCAGCCCUCGGCAAGCUCUACGUUCCUCGCAUCUACGGCUUCAAGGUGUCGGAGCGGGCACGGAGCGGUCCUCGCAUGCGCUGGCUCCGUGAGAGACCUGAGAGAUACGACGAGCUGGACGAGGUCGACUACCGUGGACGGUGGAAGGACGGUGCGAACACGCAGGGCGGUCCUGGGGACGCCGAGACUGCACCCACCGAGACGAGGAACGGCCGCCUGUUCGACGACGAGGACGACGAGGAUGCCGAGGAGGAGGAGGAAGAGGAGGAGGACGGGGCUGCAGCUGCUGCCGCUCAGCCUCAGGCCGUCGGACACGGCCGGCGAUAG